AUGGACGUGCAUGUGCUAAAUAUAACUGCAUGCCAGGGAGACUCGGUUUCUCUGCAAUGCAUAAGAAGCGACAACGGACAAAACAUAACCAUACUGGUGACAGACAUAGUAAACGAAAUAUCUGCAGCGCCCAUUACGGAGGAGGGCCCCUCCAUGAGCAGGCUGGAAAGCGAGGUUUCCGAGGUGUUUUCCAGCAGCCUUGUGCCAGUCAGCAAAGAGCGCGCGUGCGUGUGGGACCUACGAAGCAUUUGCCUCGACAGAGACACUAUGCAAAGAGGGAAGCCCGAGAAGCGGCUCAUCUUCCAUCUUCCGUAUGGAAAGGCUAGCGGAAUAAUCGACCUGGACACCUCAAACCGCGUCGUCAAAGCGUUUAGCAGCCCUAUGGAGGCAUUUAUUUUGCUCAAAAAAAUAAAGGGCCCCACGCUCCUGCGGAUACGGAACCUGAAAAACGGGGCUGCGCGCAUGGACUCGGUUGAAACCAUUUCAUACGGGAUGCCAAGCAUGCGCAUUGCAUAUGUCUAUGCCUCCCAGAAAGACUCCUUUGAAACCGUGUCUGUUUGUGUUUACAGCUCGGCUUUUGCCCAGGACUGCGCAGAGCUCGACCGUGCAGAGGGCCUGUCUGCCAAGAAGCAGAAAACAGAGCCUGCUGCAGAGGAUGCAUUUCUGCGCCAUGCAGGCGGCGAGGGGCUGUGCUCUUACUGGACAUUCACCUGCUUGGAAACAGACGCGUCUCCUGCAGAGCUGCUGUCUGCAAACAUUUCCAAGCUGCCCAGCGCCAGCGCAGUUGCAUCUCGAGUUCUCGGGUUUCUUAGGGAGUGGCAGGCAAGCAUGGUGGUUUCGCACAACAUGGAUGCGGCUUUCUUCACCAACAGAGCAGCAGCGCCCGGCGGCGCACAUGCUUCUUCUACAGAAAAGCCCUCAGAGCGCGCAGAAGUCAGCCUGGUGUGCGACCUUCCAAAGUAUGUGGAGUCUGUAAACAAGCUCGCCGAGUACACACUGGACGAAAUAUGCAAGGCGUAUGGCGUCUCGUAUGGGGACGCGCCUGUGCAAGGAGGCCUGUCCGUCUCCAACGAGGCCCGACUGGCGAUUGAAGCCGGAGGCGCUUCCACGCGCUUCUCCACGCUUUUGAACGCCUCCCGCGCAUGCUCAGCUCUAAUGUGCGCUGUGUUUCGCAGGGGCGGCCUGUUGGAGCUGGCUGAAAAGCUAGCCAGAGUCACGGGAGCCCUUCUCAACCCGAUCUUCAACGGAUACAAGUCGGACCGGGUGGAAUAUCUGCUGCUCCAUCGAAUGAGAGAAAACAAGUACUUGAUACCGAAAAGGCUGCUUGGGGAGCGGGCGGACGACAAAGACACGUAUGAGGGCGGGCACGUGUUUCUGGAAAAGCCUGGAAUGUACUCCGGGACAUAUGUUGCACUGUUCGACUUCAACUCCUUGUACCCGUCAAUUAUCCAGGAGUAUAACGUGUGUUUCAGCACGCUGCACCGCCUGUCCAUGUCUGAGCCAGACACGGAGGCGCCUUCUUUGCUGCCCGGCGUGCUUAGAGACCUUGUGCUCCAGAGGGCGGGGAUCAAAAAGAAAAUUGCAAUGGGAGAAGGGAAUCCGCAGGCUCUGGAAAUCGAGCAGAGGGCUGUAAAGCUGGUUGCAAACUGCGUGUAUGGAUGCCUGGGGUUCAAGGGCUUUCGGUUUUACAACAAGAAAAUGGCUGCGUUCAUUACCGAGUGCGGCAGAAACAUUCUAAAGGACACAAAAUCCACGCUGGAGCAGAAGGGGUAUGCGGUCAUAUACGGAGACACAGACUCGGUAAUGGUGGACACAGGAAUAAAAACCACCGAGCCCGCGCCGUCUGGCGAGCUUCUGCUGGAAAUCUCCAAGUGCAUUAGCGGAAAGUACAGAUGCAUCAAGCUCGGUUUUGAAAAGGUCUUUUUGAAGCUUGUUAUGCUGGCAAAGAAAAAGUACUUUGGCGUGUAUCUGUCAGAUGGGCGCGAGAAAGUGGAGGAAAAGGGCCUGGAAACAGGACGGAGGGACUGGUGCGAGGCGGCCAGAAGUGCAAUUGGAAAGGCUGUGCACAUUCUUCUGUACUCCGCAGCGCCAGAGAAAGAAAUGCUCUGCAUGCUGAGCAAAACGAAGGAGUCUUUUAAGAGCUUAGGAAAGGAGCACUUUCUGAUCCGGAAAAAGAUACAAAAGGCCCCGGAAAGCUAUGGGCCUGUGCAGGCCGGGGCCCUUCAUCAGGUGGCCCUUGCUCUUCGCCUAAAGCAGGAGAAAGGGCUUGUUUUCCACGGCGGAGACAUUAUUUCCUUUGUUAUGGCGCUGCACCACGGCAGCCUCCGGCCUGAGCACAUUUUAGAAAGCGGGCAGGUCUGCUGCGACUACUACAUGAAAAUGCAGGUGCUUCCGCCCAUACAGAGAAUACUGGAGCAUUUUCCUGCAAUAUCGCUGGAUAGCGUGCAGAAGGUUCUGGGGCUGCACAGGCCGGCAAGCGUAGCAGUAAAAAGCGCGCCCAACGUUGAAGCUGUUUCGCCCGAGAUCCUGGACGCGCUUUCGAUUUCUCCUAAGUGCUGCGGCAAAAAGCAGACAAUAGGCAUGGCCUGCAGCGCCUGCGAAAAGGCGUUUAGCCUUCCUUACAUAAAGACGCUUGCUCGGAGCGUGAUAUUCAAGCAAGUGUCUGCGCUGUAUGCGCCAAAAAGGAAGUGUGAAAAGUGCAAAAUCCAGCAUCCAUACAGCCCGGUGUGCAUGUUGUGCAUGAUGCCCAUGCAGUGGGAGGUCCCGGAGACAGAGCAGUUCCACAUGUUCCUUUAUAAAAUGCACGACAUUUUUCUGGGAACGGCUUUGGAGAAAAACCUGUCCAGCCUGUUGGAAUCUUCGGCCUAUCUGGCCAUUGAUAUCAGCAAGUUCCCGCUGAACCAGUUUUCUGAGCAUUUGUACAUUCCGGCAAUGGCUGGCCGGCGCGGCGUGCUCGACAGGCUUUUUCUGUAG